UGCUCUCUCACACACUCAUUUCAACAUGGAAGAAGAAACCAAGAAGAACCAAUAUCACACUAUUCAGCAACAAGAACGAGAAGACAAUGCAAAAUGGGUGACCCAUUAUUCUAGUUAUCACCAAAUACUGUUGGUGGGAGAGGGUGAUUUCUCUUUCUCCCUUUCCCUAGCCAAAUCUUUUGGCUCUGCUUCCAACAUGGUCGCUUCUUCUCUCAACUCCUACGAUGAUGUUAUCAAGAUGUACAAGAAUGCAAAGUCAAAUUUAGAUGACUUACACAAGCUUGGAGCAUGUUUAUUACAUGGAGUGGAUGCAACCAAAAUGAAGCUUCAUUCAGAUUUAAAAAUGCGGAGGUUUGACCAAGUUAUAUUCAAUUUUCCUCAUGCCGGCUUUCACGGGAAGGAAGAUAACACAUUACUGAUUAAGAAGCAUAAAGCCCUUGUACUUGGAUUCUUCAAGAAUGCAAGUGGCAUGCUUCGAGCCAAUGGUGAAAUUCAUGUUAGUCAUAAAACUACAGCUCCUUUUAACAACUGGAACAUAGAGAAACUUGCUGCACAAUGCUUUUUGAAAUUGAUUGAGUGUGCUGACUUCAAGAGAGAGGAUUACCCAGGUUACAACAAUAAGAGAGGUGAUAGCUAUAGAUGUGAUGAACCCUUUCCACUUGGUAAGUGCUGCACAUUCAAGUUUAUCUACAAUCCUAAAGCAAAACGGCAAAACCAUGUGAAGAGAAAUCAAAUGGUGGUUUCUAGACAACAAACAUGUCUCCCAUUACAAGAGAUUGAGGUUGCUGUGGAGCAAUUACCAACUUCAGCUCAUCUCAAUUAUUAUCCUCAAACAAGUCACUUUCCAAAAAUAGAGGAAGUAACGUCAAUAUUUGGCUUAACAAAUAGAUGCACUUCAAUCACUGGGUGUCCCUUAAGUACCAUGGCUGAAGUACAUGGAAGAGUUACUCCUUCUGGUGGCUAUUCUGCUCCUGGUAUGAGUCUAGGCCCUACAAGAACAUUUCAACCAAUGGAGCCAUUGCAAUCUUUGCAACCAUGGCCAACAUCAACUAAUGUUAGAUACUCUCUGACAGAUUAUGUUAGAACAAUUGAUAAUACUGUUCCCAUAUCACUUGAAGCUAGAAAUGAAGGCUAUCAGGUCUACGGGGGCAGGUCAAAAUAUUUGCAAGAAGAACUUGGCAGAACAAUGCAUACUGUUCCCUUAUCGCUUGGUGCUAGAAAUGAAGGCUAUCAGGUCUAUGGUGGCAGGUCAAAAUAUUUGCAAGAAGAACUUGGCGGAACAAUGCGAACUGUUCCCUUAUCACUUGGUGUUAGGAAUGAAGGUUAUCUAGUCUAUGGUGGCAGGUCAAAUUGUUUUCAAGAAGAACUUGCUAGAACAACAACUCAUAGAGCAAGUUAUCCUUUUGAGGAAGGUCACAAUCUGAGAGAUACAUUGCUGAAAUGGUCAACAUCAACUAAUGCUGGAUAUCCUAUGAGAGAUCAUGUUAGAUCAAUGGAUACUGCUCCUUCAUCACUUGGUGCUAGAAAUGAAGGCUAUUUCAGCAAUGUCUAUGGUGGCAGCUCAAAUUAUUGGCAAGAAGAACUUGGUAGAACAACAGCUCUCAGGGCAAGGGCAAGGGCAAGUUAUUCUUUUGAAGGAGUAAGGUCUGACUUUGAGAGAUACAUUGCCCAAGUGCCUGGGAGGUUGUUUGUUCAGAGUGAGCUUCACCGAAUGAAUAUUUUGAUGCAAGAGAGAAGGGUGUUUGUUGAGUCCUGAUCAUUCAUACCUUGAAUGGAAACUGAAAUAGAGGAACUUUAAUACCAGUGAACACUGAUGUUUUGGUUUUGGUUUUGGGCUUUCUUAGGAUAAUUAGUCUAUAUGGGGUGGCAUUGUGAAAAAGUUUUUUCAUACUGUCAUAAAAAAAUGGUCUUACCUAGAGCAUGCUUUUUUGGGUUAAGUGUGUAAACUUUUUUACAUUUACAAUACAUAGAAAUCAAACUUCUGUUCUGAAGCCUGUUUGUUAUAUUCAAAAGCUUGUGAAACUGGUAUAAUUUUGUGACCA